CCAGUGUAUCUACUAAAAUCGGGCGCGCGUGCCGUGCGCGUUCCAGUGUUUCAUCGAACGGCGAUAAAAGAACGCGUUAGACGUUACAUAAUAAAAAAAAAAUAUCCCCAUGAUUUAAGGUUCUAAUUUAAAACUGUGAUAAGUGUCUUAUUGUAGGUUUAGUCGUUAUUUUUUUUUUGACAUUUGAAUGCAGUAACACGACAAGAUGGAUAAGCCAACAAUGCAUAUGCUCUCCGUCCAGGAGAAGGGCGGACAAACAAAGAGGACCAACCAAUAUAUCGCAGCUGUAGCUGCUGCCAUCGGUGCAGUCGCCGCUGGUACCAUCCUCGCUUGGACAUCUCCCGCGCUUCCCCAACUCCAACCGCCAAAAAAUACCAGCGACUUGGCGCCAAAAGAGAUUGACGUCUUCGCUGUCAAUGUCACUAGUAAUUUGACGCAGGCUCUUGUCAACUCUUUGGGGCAGCCCGCGGAUUUCCUACUGGAUACUAAAGAGAGUUCCCUCGUAUCAUCAGUACUCGCGAUAGGAGCAGCGAUCAGUGCUCUACCAGUGGGGGUGAUAGCCCAGAAGUUCGGAAGGCGACCGACUAUCCUCAUGUUAGCUGUACCCUUGCUUAUCAACUGGUUGCUGACGAUCUUCGCGAAUGGAGCUGGUAUGCUCAUCUCGGCGAGGUUCUUUGCUGGUCUUGCUACGGGUGGAAUCUGCGUCGCGGCACCCAUGUACAUCGGUGAAAUAGCUGAGACCUCUAUACGAGGGUCGUUGGGCGCUUUCUUCCAACUCUUCCUCACCGUUGGCAUCCUGUUCACCUUCGUGAUUGGCGGCUGGACACACUGGAGGACCCUGUCCAUCAUAUCUGCUGUAUUGCCUAUCCUUUUGGUGGCUGUGUUUUGGUGGAUGCCAGAAACCCCCCAAUAUCUGCUGGGCAAGAAUAGACGUCGUGAUGCUGAGAAGGCUCUCAGGUGGCUGCGGGGACCCGACGCUGAUCUCACAACUGAACUCGAAGAUAUGCAGAAGGAGGUGGACAACGCGUCCCGCCAGCGCGGCGGGAUGCUGCACAUGAUCAAGAGCCGGGCCCCGCUCAUGGCGCUCAUCUGUUCCCUCGGUCUGAUGUUCUUCCAGCAGUUCAGCGGCAUCAACGCCGUCAUCUUCUACACCAACCAGAUCUUCCAGUCCGCCGGCUCCAACAUCCCACCGGCCAUCGCCACCAUCAUUGUCGGAGUCGUCCAGACCAUCGCCACUUACAUAUCCUCGUUGCUGGUCGAACGCGCUGGAAGACGCAUCCUUCUCAUUCAGAGUUGCAUCAUCAUGGGGAUCUGUCUCAUCGUUCUUGGCGCGUAUUUCAAAAUGCAGGAAGACGGUACUGAUGUCAGCUCCGCUGGCUGGCUGCCUCUGGUCUGCUUGGUUCUGUUCAUUGUCUCGUUUUCGCUCGGCUUCGGGCCGAUACCUUGGAUGAUGAUGGCUGAGCUGUUCCCAGUUGAGUUCAGAGGAACGGCGUCCGGCGUGGCGGUCAUCACCAACUGGAUGCUGGUGUUCGUAGUCACGUUGUGCUUCCCGCUGAUGAAGGAUGCGAUCGGAAUAUACAGCUGCUUCUGGUUCUUCUCCGGUUUCAUGGUUAUUUGCGUGUUCUUCGUGUUCUUCUUGAUUCCGGAGACGAAGGGGAAAACGGUGUCGCAAAUCCAGACUAUUUUGGGGGGUAAAGCGUGAUAAUACUCGUGAAGCGCCGCGUUCGUACAAAGUUUCCGUUUUUUUAGUGUUUGACAUGUGUCUGUGAUUGUUUUGUGUGGAUGGUUAAUGAUUUCUUGUUAUUUAUAUCUGAGUGAAGCAUCAAAUAUUGUUUGACUGAGAGUUGUUCGAAACUUAAGGGCUUCAAAGCUUUACUCUGAGCGAGCUCAUGUAAAAAUCGGUGAUUAUUUUAGUACUUAUAGGACUAGACGUGCCAAAUAUUGAUAGUUUUAAAUUUUAAAUGAUUGCAAUGUGAACAAAUGAAUAUAAUGAUAAUUAGUGAUAGACUCCGUAAUGUUUUAGUCUCGCAAAUGUUUAUAAGCGAAACUGUUCAAAUGUGUAAUUGUUAUUUUUUGAUGUUAUUUUAUUGUAAAUAGAUUAAUUAUAUUAUUUUUAUUAUG